AUUACUUCCUGUUGAGCUCGCACCGGUUUAUAGCAGAAAAGAUGGAGUCUGAGCACGGUUCAGGCGCGAAUAUAGGGAGUGACAGCAAUGGUCCCGGGGGUAAGGGAGCGGCUGUGUUGCUUGUGAUUGGGGAACCGAAUACGGAGGAUCAUAAAACUCUUAUUUUAGGAGAAAUCACGAAAGCUUUCAAGCACUGGGGUUGUACAGAUGUGGAUAUCAAUGAAGAGCUCUCUGGUAUUGCCAACCGAGCAGCGAUCGGAGAGGAAGGCCCAAAUGCUUUAUAUCCCCUUGGACCGCACCAAGAUGGUGCUAGAGAGAGGGUCAUUCGUCACAGAUCUGAGAAUUUUGCAUCGGAAAUAUUGGUAAGCCCACAUUUGCAGACCCUGACAGCAGCAGUGAAGAACUUCUUGGGAAUUGACAUGUCCUAUAAACACCUGAUCUUUGCAGGACAUUUCUUGGAGGGAAGUGGAGCGUGGAUUCUUCAAGAUGAUGUCUUCACAAUCUCAAAGCUCGUCAACAUUCUGAACGAUCCCACUACCAGCAUCAAGAGUGAGAAAAUUUGUGUUCAUAGUCACCAAGAGGGAGAAUGGAAGCAACCUAAUCUACUGAAAAUCAAUAAAUUAAAAGACAAUGGAUUUGCUGUUACAACUACUGAAACGCAGACAAACCAUCAUGGAAUUAUCCAGUUUGCUGCCUACGUGUCAAAUUUUGUCAAAACCAUGACCAUUACAGACCUGAUGAAAUCCACAGACUUGGUAGGAAGUCUGAAGUUUACUAAACCUACCCUGUAUAUAUUCCCAGGUUGUGAAGGAGAUUCAGCUUUGUUUGCCAUGAGGGAAUUUAAUCUCCUCGUCAAUGGGGGCUUCCGAAAAAAAUCGUGUUUUUGGGACUUUGCUCGACAUCUUGAGAAAAUAGAUGCAAUGUUGAUCACACACCUUGGUAUAGACAAUUUAUUUGGUUUGUCCUCUUUACUUCAGAGGAAAGCAUUAGGCCAAGUCCAUUCUGACAUAGGUUAUGUGUACAUGAAUGCAGCAGAUAGACUGUCUUCUGUUAAUGGCAUGAAACACUCUAGCCUGAAAAUCAACAUAGCUGAAGAGGGCUUAGAAAUGGUGGAAGCCUGCAAAAAGGUUGGUCUGACCCCUCACGUGUGUACCAGAGUGAAUUCCAGCCAUCCCCUGGCACCUGUCAAUCUUUAUCAUAAGGUGGGCCAUGGAACAUUGGAUAUGUAUGUUCUUAAUCCUUUGGCAGAUAGUAAGGAGCUAAAAGAAUUCUUACAACAGUGGCAGAAAAAUGGCACAGAGUUUGGACACUCUCAAGGCAUACCACUGCCAAAUCUUGUCUCCAUCUGUGCUCUCUUGGUCUGGAAACCAGCUGAUCCAAAUGAGAAAAUCAACAGAAUUCUGUUUCCUGGAAAUGCACCUCAGCAUAAGAUUGCAGAGGGCUUAGAAAAACUUAAACAUUUGGACUUUUUGAAACAUCCUACUUGUAGUGCAAAAGAUUUAAUUUCUAAAGGAGCUGUGAAGAAGCCAGCAUCUGCAAGACCUCCCUCUGGUAAACCUGCUGUAGGUAGACCUUCUCUUGAGACUGGAAAACCUCCAUCCAAACCUCAGAAUAACACUAAAACUGCACCACCUAAAUCUUUAAAUGACAGCAGAACAGCCAAACCAGGCAGUGAACGUAAAACACCUCCCAAGUCUGCCAGUGAUACAAAGGUUUCCAGUAAGGCUGAACCAGCUAAAGCUGAUAAAAAAGAUACACAUGCCCAGCGCUCAAAGUCAGACCUCAAUAAAUCUGUGGACAAGCCUAAAACUAAGACUGUAGGAUCAGAGGCUAAAGAAUCUCCUAAACAUGCUGCUUCUAAAACAUCCAAAGUAGACCCCAAGAAAACUUCCAAGCCUACAGAAGAGAAGCCAGCUACCAAAGGAACACCUUCAAAAUCUACCCCCAAAAAGGAUGCUAAACCCAUUGCAGAAUCAACACCAAAGAAGGCUUCCCCAGUGAAAGAAGCCAAGCAGAAGGUAGACAAUAAACCAGAGGCAGUUUCUACUGCACCUGAAAUACCUACAGAGGCAGAUGUUGCACCAGAGCCCCAGUUCAGGGCUGAACCUGAAAUUGCACCAGAACAAAUGAAACAAGACUCAGAACAAGAUCUGUUACCCCAAGUCCCAAAAGAACCAGAAGAGCAAGUUAGCACAGGAAGUUUGUUAGACUUUGAUCCAUUUGCCAGUAUUCCACAACAAAAUUUUCAAAAAGAAGUUCCAGUACAGCAGAAUUUGAUGGAUGAUCCAUUUGCCAUGGAUCAGAGUAAAGAAGACAAUUUUCAAGAUGAUCAAGAUUUAAUUCAGCCAGCUUCACUGCCAGAUCCAGUUGCAUACUCCCCACAAGAGCCAGAUGUAAUACCAGACUCAUUUCCUAAAGAUAUGAUUAGUUCUUUCAUUCAACCAGAACCAGACUUGAUAGGAGAGCCAGAUGUUGUUCCAUCCAGCCAAGCUGACAAGUCUGCAGUUUCUAGUCCAGAUACUGACUCCAAGGAAAGUGCUGUGCCUGUUGAAGAAAGCCCUGUAGAGGAGCCUGUUGUUGAAGAAAGCCCUGUAGAGGAGCCUGUUGUUGAAGAAAGCCAUGCAGAGGAGCCUCUUGCUGAAGAAUCUCUGAAGGAAGGUAAAGAAAUUCAGUCACCAACCAACUUGUCAGAUGAUGUGAGUGUAUCAGAAACAGAAAGACUGUCAGAUAGAGAACUUGUGUCCCCAGUAGAGCCAGCAGCUACUACAAUGGAUGCUUUGGACGAAGAGGUUGCUGAGGUGGAAGAUGGAGAGGAGUCCCCAGAUGAGGUGGAUAGUCAGGGUGAUUCUGCAGAAAUCACUGCUGAUCCUGACAGCCAGGGAAGCCAAGAGGAUUCCAAAGUCCUGGACAAAGAGGAGGAUGUCUCUCCUUUUGCAUUUGAAAAUAAAGGCUUCACAGAUCUCUCACAAAACCAAGAUGAGGGAGUUGAGGAAAUGUCAGAACAAACAAAUACACCUGAGGAGGAGAAGUUUGAGGUUCAAGAAGCUGCCGAGCAGAUGGAAGACAAAGAAACUGAACAGGAGGGAGAAUCUCAUGCUGAUCCCCAAGAGCUUGCAGGAGAGAAUCAGUCCAUCACAGAUCCAGCUGGUAUUAUAUUUGAUGAUGGAUUUCAUGAGAGUGAGAAUAACAUACAGAGGGAAAUUAAUUAUCAAGCCAAUGGUGCACCACUAGAUAGCAUCCGUGAAGAAGAGGACUUGGGGCAUGGAAAAACUGCUGAACAUAGGGAAGGAGGUCUUAAUCCAUUUAAUGGUUUAGAUCAGGCUCAGAUAAAUCAAGCACCGAGAGACCAGAGUCCAUUUGAUUCAGAUGAUCCGUUUCAUGGACAGCUUAGUAUGGGAUACCAGCCAGCAAAGGAUCCAGUUAAUCUAAGGCAGAUUCCUUGCCAGGAAGGGUAUGAAUUUGAUCCAGAUGGAGGAGAAGAGGAUACCAGACCUGACAGUGAUGAGGAAGAUAUGCAAAAUCAAGAACAGGAAUUUAAUCCAGAUACAGAGUGGGGGAAACCAAUGGGUCUACCUUCUCCACCACCUCCAGAGGAGAAGAAAGACAGUGGUGAAUCCAAGAAUGAAAAAGUUGCCAAUGGUAAAGGCCAUGUCAAUGGAAAACAACCCAAACCAGCCCACUCUAGCAAAGAACCAUCCAAGAGCACUAGCACAGUCGCAACAAACAAAGAAAAGUCAUCUGUAAGUAAAUCAAAGACAGUGACGGAAAAGAAAGGGGGGCUUAACACCACAAGAACAGAGACAUCUCGUUCAGAGAAGCUCAACACCUCCCGUACAGAGGUAUCUUCCAUGACCACUUCCAGAACUCGGCCAGCUAGUGCUGCAGUAGGAGAACCAAAAAGUAAACCUACUCCCAGGAGACCUGCCACUGCCACUGGAGGAACCCGAGUCUCACCAACUGCCACUAAGAUGCCACCCAUGCCAGCAAUGCAUGCCUAUUACAUGGAUCUGGCCUACAUCCCCAACCAUGGCAAUCCUGCCACUUGUGAUGUGGAAUUUUUCAAGAGAGUCCGAGCAAAGUAUUAUGUGUACAGUUCCAUGAAUCCUAACACUCAUACCCUAAAUGCCCUGUUAGAUGCCAAGGCAACUUGGCAGGAGCCCGAAUUACAAGUUACACUGAUACCAACGUAUGACACAGAUGUCCUCAGACAGUGGAUGGUGGAAAAACAAGAAAAGCUAACAGAACUGAAAGUGGAGGUGGCACCGUCUGCCAGUCGGUGUACUGUACAGCUCCAGGAACAUGAGACUUGCUGUCUGGCCUACAGACUGGAACUGAGCAGCCAAGCAUGAAAACGGCUACAUCCACAGAUGUGUAUCAAAUGAAAAAAGUGCAAGCUUUGUUAGUUGACUAUGUGCCUCAAUUCUCUUUGUGAUUGUGGAGUUUCAAUUGAACAUAAAAUGUUCUUUGUCGAUACAAGUUAGUUGAUGUGUUUGUUCCUUGUGCUUGCUUUGUUGGCCUAUCAUAUCUUUUGCACCAUAAAAGUGAAGCUGUGUGUAGUUCAGAUAAAGAACAAAUUACCUGGUAUGGAUUUUCCUUGUGUAAAAUUGUGUAUGUUGGUGAUUUUUGUGUUGUGAUGACAACUUUUACUUUAUAAAGGUAUGGGUCCAUGUCAUUAGUUUGAUAUUCUAUAACAGAUGCAUCAUGAGUUGUAUUUUUUCCCUUAAGCAAUAGUCAUCAGAUCUUGAUUCCAACUUUGUUCACUAAUGAAAGUACUUUUGAAGGAAAGAAUAGUCAGUCUUUUUUUUUCCCAUAAAAUAGAGGGAUUUUUUUUAAAAAUUAUUAUCAUUUACAAUUAGUAUAUAAAACGUUUUGUCAGAUUCAAAAAUGUAGAAAGCUAUCUCUGGCUUGUUUACCAUUAUGUAUAUCAAUUUAUGUUUCUUUUGUGUAAAUGAAACAUGCACAUUCUGUAUGUAUUAGAAGUGAAUGUGACUAAAUAUUCUUAAUGAUGGUUUCUCUGCAUUUGCUGAAAACGUUCUACACAGAUGAACACGUGAUUUCUGGUAAUUGAAAAUUAUAGCAUCUGAAUGUUGUAUAUGUCAUGCAGCAUGUAUCAAAUGAAGUGUAAAGCUCAUCUUCACCUUACCUGCUGGCUUUAUUAUGUAUUUGUUGUAAUGUGAAGAGAGAGGUGUAAAAGCCAUUAUUUGUUGAUUUACUUAAAAAUUGUGUAAAUAAUGGAAUUUAAAAAAGCAAGGAAGUGAGUACUUAUUAAUCUAGUCAAGGAAGUAUUUAAAGUAAUCGGAGUUGGUGGUGCUUGUACUGCGAAGUUUCAGUUUUUAGGCAUUUAUUAUAGAACUUGGAAUUUUCCAUACAAUGACUCGUGGAGAAUGGUAGAUUUCAAUUGGAAUUCAGAUUUGUGACCAAGUUGUAUUAUUUCAGGGCAUGAUUAUAUGAAAUCUGCCCUUGAGGAAUUUAUGAGACAGUGCUCGAGUUUAAAUUUCAUAGUUUAAAGCAUUUAAUUAAACAGUACUUGGAACAUUAAACAGAGGUGGAAAAUACACCGCAGUUCUGUCGGAAAACUUUAUACAUGUAUCAUAAAAUUCAUUUUUGCAAAUGUUGUGAGUGCUAACAUCAUUUUUUUAAAUAUAUUUUAUAACUUUUUUGUACGCAUAUAAAUAUUAAUUAUAUUUGUCAAUUAUUUUCAUUCCUUAACCAUUUUUUGUGCCAACAUGUCACUGUUAGUGUGCAUUAAUUGAUAAAAAGCAAAUAAAUCUGGCCUAUAAA